AGUUAUCCAUUUUAUUUGAAUGACUGAACGGAACGACGAUACCACUAUUCACAACGACAACAAGAUGACCAUGGAAGAUGAAAAGAAGAACGCUGUCGAAUUUGAAGAUCAUGAACAUGUGGAACAUCAAGAUGAUAUACCACCCGAAUUAGAGGCAUUAUUACAAACGGAUCCACAAGUAGGGUUAACUAGUACAGAAGUGGCUGAACGUACUGAACAGUUUGGUUUGAACGAACUACCCGAAAGAAAAACGAAUCCUUUAUUGAAAUUUCUUAUGUAUUUUACUGGUCCCAUCUCCUAUUUGAUUGAAAUCUCUUGUAUCAUUGCUGCUGUUGUGGGUGAUUGGAUUGAUUUUGGUAUUAUCUUGGCCUUAUUACUCAUUAAUGCUGUUAUUGGAUAUAUUGAAGAAGCUAAAGCUGAAUCUGCCUUGGAUGCCUUACGUCAAACCCUUGCUCUCAAAACUCGUUGUUUCCGUGAUGCUAAGUUGGUAGAAGUCGAAGUCAAGGAACUAGUCCCCGGUGAUAUCAUUGUCCUUCGAAUUGGUGAUAUUAUUCCUGCUGAUGCGCGUUUAUUAGGUUUAGGUGUCAAUGGGGAAGUCAAUGAUGCGGAGCUACAAAUCGACCAGUCUGCUCUCACCGGUGAAUCACUUCCUGUCUCCAAAAAGAAAUUUGCAACGGUUUACUCUUCUUCCAUUGUUAAACAAGGUCAGCAAUUAGCCGUCGUCACUAAAACUGGUUCUAAUACUUUUAUUGGCCGAGCUGCAAAUCUUAUUGCUAUCACUGCUGAAGAAGGUCAUUUCCAAAAGAUUAUUGGCAAGAUUGGUAAUGUUCUCAUUUGGUCUACUGUCGUCUUGGUCUUGAUUGUUUUUAUUUACCAAAUGGUGCGCUUCAAGGGAACUGACAAGGGUAACUGGAAAAUGGUACUUGAAAACUGUCUUGUGCUUACCGUGGCUGCUAUUCCUGUGGGUUUACCUACCGUCAUGUCCGUGACUAUGGCUGUUGGUGCGAAACAAUUAGCCGCCAAACAAGUCAUUGUCAAACGCCUGACUGCUGUGGAAGAACUUGCGUCUGUUUCUGUAUUGUGUUCAGAUAAGACAGGUACUUUGACUUUGAAUGAAUUGACCUUUGAUGAACCUUGGUUGGAUGGUGACUAUACAAAAGACGAUAUCCUUUUAUAUUCCUUCUUGGCUGCUGAACCUGGUGCGAACGAUCCUAUUGAAUCGGCUGUGCGACGUGCUGCUGAAUCUACUCUGGACAUUCUCAAAAACAGACAAGAUCCUCGUCAAGUACCCGGUUUCAAGGUGACUCAAUUCCAACCCUUCAAUCCUGUCACCAAAAUGACUCAGGCGACGAUUCUCAAUACUGAUACCAACACUUCCUUCCGUGUCGCCAAAGGAGCACCUCAAGUUAUCACAAAGUUAGUCGGUGGGCAUGAUGAAGCUGUGGGUGCUGUCAAUAGUCUGGCUCGUCGUGGUCUUCGUGCUUUGGGUGUGGCUAAAACUGUGGAUGAAGCAAUGGAACAAUUUGAAAUGGUGGGUAUGAUCUCGCUUUUGGAUCCUCCUCGUCCUGAUUCAGCAGAUACAAUUAAGGCUUGUAAUGAACUAGGUGUGGAUGUCAAGAUGAUUACUGGUGAUCAACAAAUCAUUGCCAAAGAAGUCGCUGCUCGUUUAGGUAUGGGUCGUGUCAUUUUGGAUGCAAAUCAUUUAGUGGAUCCCUCCAAAUCUGAAGAUGAAGUUACUGAACACUGUCAACGUGCUGAUGGAUUUGCUCAAGUUAUUCCAGAACACAAAUAUCGUGUAGUAGAAUUGUUACAAAACAAGGGUCUUUUGGUUGGUAUGACUGGUGAUGGUGUCAAUGAUGCUCCUGCAUUGAAGAAAGCCGAUGUGGGAAUUGCUGUUGAAGGUUGUACUGAUGCUGCUCGAUCUGCUGCUGAUAUUGUUCUAUUAGCUCCCGGUUUAUCUACUAUUACGGAUGGUAUCAUCACCUCUCGAGCUAUUUUCCAACGUUUACGGUCUUAUGCUUUAUAUCGUAUUACUUCCACUAUACACUUUUUAUUAUUCAUGUUUAUUGUCACUAUUGUUGAAGAUUGGACUAUGCCUGCAGUAUUAUUGAUUAUGAUCUGUGUCUUGAAUGAUGCCGCUACUUUGGUGAUUUCUGUGGACAAUACUGAAAUUUCUGAACGACCUGAUAAAUGGCGUAUAGGACAACUGUUGACUCUUUCCGUAGUACUUGCCGUAUUAUUAGCUGCUCUCUCGUUUGGUCAUUUUUAUGUUUGUCGGGAUAUCCUUCAUGUUACUGAUAAUGAAUUACAUUCUAUUAUGUAUCUACAUAUUUCUUCUGCUCCUCACUUUGUAAUCUUCUCCACUCGUGUACCUGGUUUCUGGUGGGAAAACAUGCCACAUUGGAUCUUUGCUGUUUGUAUCAUUGGAACCCAAAUUGUUGCUUUAUUCUUCUCAGUGUAUGGUGUAUUCGGUGAAGCUGAAGGUGUUGCUCCUUGUGGAUGGGUGAUUGGUCUUACUGUGCUGGGUAUUUCUCUGGUUUACUUUAUGAUAUUAGAUGUUGUUAAAGUUUAUAUCUUCCGAUACUGGAGCUUUGAAAUGACCGCCAAAUUAGUCCCUGUACCUUCUCGUCGUGAAAAACUAGCUAUUAGGCAAUCUGAUCAUGCUCAAGCCCUACGUGUACAACAGUCUUGGAACAAGAUCGCAUGUAUGACCAAUGCAUAUAACAUCGUUGCCGCCUUCCAACAAGAAAAGCCAUAGUUUAGGUUCAUUCCAACUCCAUUUGUCAUUUUUUAUUUUUUACUAUUUUAUCAUUUAUUUUUAUUACAAUUACUAUCAUUAUUAUCAUUAUUAUUUUCAUUAUUAUUACUUUUACUUUGUAGCGUUGCCCAAGUGUGGUAUACAUCCUUUUAAAAUAAUCAACAAAAAAGGUUAUGAUUGUUUUUUUUUUAUCAUUAAUUGGUCAAUAAAAAUCACAGCAAAUCAAUGUCAUUUA